CGGAAUCAGUCCCUCGUUUUCCAGAGUUCCUCGUCGAGAUUCCGCACUCCGUCUCUAACCACCAAGCCGUUCAGGUGAUCAAGCGACAACAUUGCCCUCCAUGCAGGGCCUCAAACGUUUACAAGAAGCCAUUGAACGGCACCGUGAGAGCAAGGAGAUUAAUAUCAAGUACAAAACACCCCUCACCAUCCGCAACGUCAACACCUUUACCGACGAGCAAGCCAUCGACGAUGCCUGUAACCCAGUUCGCUGUGACCGAUACCUACGAAUAUCUGAAUGGGUUCGGGGGAUUCAAAGAGAGUGAAGCGGUAGAAGGCGCUCUGCCGCUGGCGGCAAACUCUCCCCAAAAAUGCCCUCUCGGGCUCUACAAUGAGAAAUUCUCGGGCACAGCAUUCACUGCUCCGCGAAACGACAAUCAGCAAUCAUGGCUGUAUCGCAUCCUUCCGUCCGCAGCCCACCAGAACUUCGAACCCGUCCCAGAAUCAUCCUCUGAAUCCCUUACUUCGGUCACACCAAGUUUUGGAAAGCAUUUCAAUGCGAUCCCCAAUCAGUUACGAUGGGAUCCUUUUGAUUUUGACAAGGAAGCGUCGUGGAUACACUCGCUCCACUUGGUGGCAGGAGCAGGCGACCCGACCAUGAAACAGGGCCUGGGCAUCUACAUCUACGCUACCGGCACAAGCAUGCCCGAGAAGACGGCCUUCUACAGCGCGGAUGGAGAAUUCCUCAUCGUUGCACAGCACGGUGUCCUCGACAUCCGAACCGAAUUCGGUAAGAUACUUGUGCGACCGAACGAGAUCUGCGUCAUUCCCCGCGGUAUUCGCUACCACGUUACACUGCACGACAACGAGCCGGCGCGGGGUUAUAUCCUUGAGCUCUACCAAGGCCACUUCAGACUGCCCGAAUUGGGUCCCAUUGGCUCCAACGGUCUGGCCAACGCGCGUGACUUCCAGACCCCGGUUGCAGACUUCAUCGAGGAUUACGAAAACACCGAAUGGACGCUGUACGGCAAAUUUGGCGGCAAUUUGUUCGCGGCCAAACAGUCGCACACUCCCUUUGAUAUUGUCGCUUGGCAGGGGACUUUCUAUCCGUACAAGUACGACCUGGGUCGAUUCAAUGCCAUCGGCAGUAUUUCUUUUGAUCAUCCUGAUCCUUCUAUCUUCACCGUUCUCACUGCUCCAUCCAUCCCACAUGGCGACGGUACGGCGGUGGCGGAUUUUGUCAUUUUCCCACCUCGAUGGCUGGUUGCCGAGAACACUUUCCGACCACCGUGGUACCAUCGCAACACCAUGUCCGAGUUCAUGGGAUUGAUCAUGGGCAACUAUGAUGCCAAAGGGGCUGGCAAGGGAGGGUUCCAGCCGGCUGGAGCCAGUUUACAUAAUACAAUGAGUGGGCAUGGACCAGACAUGCCAACGUAUGAAAAGGCUUCAACGAUGGAUCUACCGCCGACCAAGAUUGGCGAGGGUAGUAUGGCGUUCAUGUUUGAGACAUGCUUGAUGUUGGGAGUGACCGAAUGGGGAUUGAAGACUUGCCAAAAGGUGCAAGAGACGUAUAAUGCUCAUUCUUGGGGACCGUUGAAGGUACACUUCAAGCGACCUGACUCGUCGCGAGGGGUUAGCAAUGGUGAGAAGAAGAAUGGUGUCGCUCAAAAGGAUCUGAGUAGCGUUCACGAUCUUUGAGAGAGAAUGAAUGAAUGACUGGAGAUGGAUAUGGGAUGUAUUUCCACAGAUGGUAGUCCUUGGUGGUGAUAGUGGUAGUCAACGCUGUCUGAAUGAAUCCAAAGAAUACGCAAGCCAACCAACGUACCACUCGCACCUCUGUAUUUCACACAUGCAAGCUUGUUGAUUCCAU